AUGUUUGCUGGUUGGGGCGGCGUGGCGCUGUGGUGCUGCAACUCAGCGUUUGUUGCUCUGCUGCUGUCAGAGCAGCCGCUGUCAGAGCAACCGCUGUUAGAGCAGCCGCUGUCAGAGCAGCCGCUGUCAGAGCAACCGCUGUUAGAGCAGCCGCUGUCAGAGCAGCUGCUGUCAGAGCAGCCGCUGUCAGAGCAGCCGCUGUUAGAGCAACCGCUGUUAGAGCAACCGCUGUUAGAGCAGCUGCUGUCAGAGCAGCCGCUGUCAGAGCGGCCGCUGUCAGAGCAGCCGCUGUCAGAGCAACCGCUGUCAGAACAACCGCUGUCAGAGCAACCGCUGUCAGAGCAACCGCUGUCAGAGCAACCGCUGUCAGAGCAGCCGCUGUCAGAGCAGCCGCUGUCAGAGCAGCCGCUGUCAGAGCAACCGCUGUCAGAGCAACCGCUGUCAGAGCAGCCGCUGUCAGAGCAACCGCUGUCAGAGCAACCGCUGUCAGAGCAACCGCUGUCAGAGCAGCUGCUGUCAGAGCAGCCGCUGUCAGAGCAGCCGCUGUCAGAGCAGCUGCUGUCAGAGCAGCUGCUGUCAGAGCAGCCUCUGUCAGAGCAGCCGCUGUCAGAGCAGCUGCUGUCAGAGCAGCCUCUGUCAGAGCAGCCGCUGUAG